GCAAACCCCUAAUUAUAUAUUCAUCGAUAGAUCUAGGUAUUUCUUCCAUUAAUUAUGGAAGGUCUGGUCCCUGAAAGGAAAAGUUCCCAUCGGAUAUAGGUUUCGUCCUAAGGUUAACGCUUCUCAACGAUUUCCUUCUUCCUGGGUUAGCUGUCUGGGUUUCUGGCAAGGCAUCAUCCAAUGGGUGAAACCGUGUAAACGUCCGAUCCUCAGGCCCAAGGUUUGCAGGUUUCUUGCCGGCAAGGCAUCAUCCAAUGGAUUUCCGACGUUUCUGGUCUGGAUUUCCUUCUUCCCAAGGUUAACGGUCUUCUUCAAUAUCCGGUGGACCGUGUAAACGUCCGAUCUUCCUACUGCAGGUAAUCCAGACUGUUGACCUUUGGAAGAAGGAAAUCCUUCACAAGUGUUUUGUCACUAGGACGAAACCUAUCUCCAACGGGUAUCUUUCCCUUCUGUAGAUGACACGAAGAAAUAACAUGCGCUGCUAAAAGACGGUAUUCCGAAGAAAAGGAAUGGGGAAUCAGGUACCUGCAACAAGAGUUACAAGUUCAAUAUAAAGGAAAAGCUAAAACAUGGCUGAUUCACUUUUAAUAAGUGACAUCACUCCUCAAUUAGCUUCUUGGACUUGCAAAGUUUCAAUUGUGGAAAAGCUCAACAUACGUGAAUCAUCAAAAAGUCCAGGAAAAUUGUACAAGCCAUUUGUGCUUCAAGAUAUUGUUGGAAACAAGGUUAAGGCCAUGGCAUAUGGGCAAGAUAUUUCUGUUGUGGACCAAAGAUUAGAACUGUACAGGACCUACAACAUAUCUAAUGCAUUGGUCACUGCGGUCUACCCAAAUUUCAAUGUUCCUGAUGAACAUUACAAAUUUCUUUGGUCCAUCAAUAGAAGGACAUUGAUUCAAGAUGUGGAUGAAGAGGAUAAAAUAGAUGUGCAGAAAAGUGCUGAAAUAGUUACAACACCCUUUUCUCUCUUCUAUAACUCCAUGAUUAAAAGGGACACUAUAAAUGUGCUCGGUGCCAUUAUCUAUAAACUCCCACGCGAGUUUGUUGUCACAGAGAAGAAGAAGAAACAAGCAAAUGACUUUAUCUUUGUUGAUGAGAAAUCGCAACCAAUCAUUUUCACAAUGUGGGAUGAAUGUGCUAGCAUUCAAGGUGUUGAGAUUCAGAACUUACUGGAAGCUGGAAUAUAUCCAAUUGUUCUUGCUAAGCGUGUUGCUGCGACUACAUAUCAAGGAUUAUCAUUAUCAACAAGAUAUGACACAUGUAUAGAGCUAUAUCCUGAUAACCAACAUGCUACUGCAUUAAAACAAUGGAGGUCUGCUAAUGCUCAAGCUAUUCAGAAAAUGAACACCGAACAACUGUACAUGGACUCACUUGUUAGGUUUGCACUACCGGAAAUGCAAUCUAAAUCUCAUGUCAUUGAUGUCAAGAGCAGUGUGGACGAGACUAGGGUGUUUUGGAUUUUGAGCACCUUAAGAUUUCUGGAAAACGGUUACAUUCCGUUUUACAUCGGUUGCAAUAGCUGCAAUAAAGGCAUUAACUCAACGGUUGAAGGUGUUCAUUUUCAAUGUUUGAAUUGUGGUAACAUUAAUGGAGUUAGCACAAAGAGAUUCCGAUUGAGUGUUGAAUUAUCUGAUGCAACUGGGGAACUGCAAACAAAUCUAUUCACCAAUGAAGUGUACAAGUUGUUACGGAUGCUAGAAAUUAACAUCAAUCCGGAUUGCAUUAACAGUUCUGACUUGAAUGAUAAAGUCAAGGCUCUCACUUUCAUUGUUGCGCUUAAAAUAGUGCGUCCUAAUAUUCAUUCAAAGGCAAAAAAGAAUUUUUCUGUGCUUUCUCUUUCUUUUCCGACAGAUAUUCCUACAUGCAGUGAUGCUCAGUCAACUGUUGUGCAUGACAAUGUGCUACCAAAUUCACCAGAAGGAAAGAGGAAGCUCAUAGGAGGCGAGAACAAUGACUCACAAUACAAAGAAGCACACUUGCCUGACCUCCCAACAAUUGCAACAACCUCAGGCAAAAACAAAGGCAAGAAGCACCAAAAAUGUUAGAUUCAAGCUAAUUUAACUAUGGGAUCUUACUAAUGAUUAUCUAUGUAUUUGAAACUUAUAACUUUGAUGCAUAUUAAAUAUUUAAAUAGUUGAUUACUAAUAAUUAGGAGUAACCUAGGUAUGACCUUUGGAUGUAAGCCUAUACAAUGUACUGUAAUGUAAACUUACUACAACUUAUACACUAUCAUAAAGUUAGAAGCACUUUUAUAUUAAUUUAAUUAUCAUAGUAAUAUAAUUUCUUUGGUCUAAAA